CUUUGAAAGUUUGGAUAAGACUAAUAAAUUAAGUGUACAAAUGAGGUCAUUCAGUCAUAAAGCUCAAAUGCAACGUAUAAGUUAUAUUAAAAAUAAAUUUGAUUUACCGAUAAUUAAUUCAUCAGAGCUUAUAUGGCCUAUUCCCGUUACUUUUGAUAAAGUACAAUUACAAUUAGCUAAAACUUCCUUGAAAAAGGAAGAGAUAAUAUUCACAAUCGAAACAUUAAUUGAAUCCUUAAAUGAAGCUAAACGGCCACAAUUUAGAGGAUUAAUAUCAAAAAAAAAGGAUGAGUUAUUAACAAUUUUGCAACAGCUUCGAGAUCUCCAUAAUAUGACUAAUGCUGAUGAAAUCGAAGAGGAAGAGACAAUAUAA